CUUCUUUGGCUAAUCUUUUGCACAAGUCUCCUUUCACGUGUGCCAAGAUGAAAAUGGUGUGUUUGUAAUUUGCAGACAAACACCAUGAGAGGCGUAUUUAAUUUUGGGAUUUAUUAGCAGAUCUUUUUUUCUGGCUUUUCUCUUACACUCCUGCCAAAUAUUUGCUGUCUGAUUGACGUAGGAGUAUUUGCUGGUUUCUUUGCAAAAAGAGCCAGAGUGUGCGAAUGCUGAGAUGAUUUUCUUUGGAGUUCAGUUUUUUUUUUGAUUUUCUGACCUUCGGAAGUCACUCAAAAGGAGCAUACUUGUAACUUCCCAUUCAGAGAUUCCCAGUGAAAAUGGAGGAAUUGAUCCUUGAGCUUUUCAAUUGCACAAAUUGCAUGCGAUUCACCGCUGAGAAGUGUAUUUCUAUGUGAGGGAAAAAUGCUCUGCACAUCAAUAGGAAAACAUUGUGUGAAAAUAUCUUUUGCGAAAAAGAUGUCAUCUUGUUGGCAUUUUGCAAUAUGAAUAUUUUGUUGUGCACAGCAUGGAAAUCUCUCUGUGUGGGAUGGCAAAGAGGGAGAAAUGUAAAAAAAAAAUGCAAAAAUAUAGAAGCAAGACGAACGCACUUCACCAACGUGAUAUUAUUUGCAUAAUUGCUUUGGAAUGAGAAGAAGAAAAAUGUACAAUAUUGCGACCAAGUGGAAUAUCUCAGCGAAAGUAUUGCACGUUGAAGUUAUUAAGAAAAUAAAUAAAAAUGAAAGGGUUUAUCAUGAAGAAUAUGCUUUGCCACUUUAUCACUGUGUACUUGUUUACGCAAAUUCCUUUUCAGCUAUUUGAAUAUGCACAACUCUUCCACACUAAUCUGAUUAUUAUUUUCUGUGGAGUUUCCCGCGGAAGGUCAAGUUUUCAGUGAAUUGCGAGCAGUGUGACGCGUAAAAAAAGAGGUUCAAAGACAAUAAUUUUUAUUCAUAUUUCCUCGUGUGCUGAAAGUGCUGGGAAAAGAAUAUUCGCAUGAAAUGUCUUCGAUCAAUCUGCAGAGAGUUUCAAGUGGAAAAUCAAUUAACAAGCGUGUACGAAAAAUAAGUCGGACGGACAGCGAGGUGGCGUGCGAAGAGGCGGCGAGACUCACGGCGGAGCUGCAAGAAGACGCUGCAUCACCUGAAGAUGAGGAGUCCUGCGAGUACCACGACUUGCCGCCGCCUCCCGACGGAGGCUACGGCUGGGUCAUCGUGUUCGCCUCCUUUAUGUGCAACAUGAUUGUCGACGGCAUCGCCUACACCUUUGGCGUCUUCCUCGGCGAAUUCGUGUCGCACUUCAACGAGGGAAAGGGCAAGGUGGCAUGGGUCGGAAGUUUACUCAGUGGCGUCUAUCUCAGUGCUGGUCCCAUCGUGUCUGCCCUGGCUAAUAAAUACGGCUGUCGAACGGUGUGCAUCGCUGGAAGUAUCAUUGCGUGCGUGGCUUUCGUUCUCAGCACCUUCAGCACCUCGGUUACCAUGCUUAUGCUCACGUAUGGCGUGAUGGGAGGUUUUGGCUUUGGCAUGAUCUAUCUGCCGGCCGUUGUUGCUGUGGGCUACUAUUUUGAGACGAAGAGAUCUCUGGCGACGGGAAUUGCUGUGUGCGGAUCGGGCUUCGGUACCUUUGCUUUUGCUCCACUGGCGACAUAUCUGCUGGAGUACAUGGACUGGAAGAAUGCCAACUUCAUCCUGGCGGGCUUGAUUCUCAACUGUGCGGUGUUCGGGGCGCUGAUGCGACCGCUGGAGUAUCCGAAGAAGAAGCGGAUGAAGCCACUGAUGCAGCGCAUGUACGAGGAGAAGCGUCUGCAGCUGGAGAGAGGAUCGAUUGGCGGCUCGUACUUCAUGGUGCAACUGCCGGACGGCACGAUGGAGAAGCGGAUGAAGCUGCCGCUGAACACUGAACCGGGCGUGCACAGCAGCUUGGCGCUGGAUCAGCUGGCGGCAGCGGCUCAGGGUGGUCUCCAUCCGGUGGCCACUCUGCCCACCAUCAGCGAAUCCAAGGUGGCGGACCACGCGGACGCAGCAGCCGAACCGGCCAAGGAAGCGGCGGCAGAAGUGAAGCCCAAGCGGAGACCUCAUCGAGUGUCAGAAUCUGAUGGACAGCCGGAAACACCGACGAAGAAUAUGCCGCGCAACGCUUCCCAACCCGCUUUCUCCACCCAGGCUCAAGGCAUCCCCAAGAAUGGCUCCGUCCCCACGUUCGAUCGCAUCCGCAAGACGUCGCAGGGUGAGCGCUUCAAGCCAUCCUUGGCCGCGAUAAAGGCCGGCUCGCGCGGCGACAUGGGUAGCAACAAUGGCGAAGUACGUAAGAACACACAAUUAAAGCUGUCGGCAAGCUCAGUUACCGGAAGCAGACCAAACAAUACAGACGACAGUGAUGGCGAAAUGGUUUACACCUCGAAGAGCUCUCUUCGGGAGCGCCCGGCAAUUGUGCGCCCAAUGUCGCGCAAGGACAUCUUCUACUCUGGCUCUGUGACCAACUUGCGUGAGUUCCAGUCGCAAAAGUCCCUCUCGCACUACCGCAACUCCGUCAUCUCGCUGCCCAAGUACGAGAAAGCCAGCCGCGUUGACGUCCGCGAUGGUGGUGAGGAUAUUGAGCGUGGCGAAAAAUACGACUUGUGUCCCUGCCUGGUGCUGCCCGACUCCUUCAAGUCGGCUCUGGCCACGAUGCUGGACGUGAGUCUGCUCAAGGACCCCGUCUUCAUGAUGAUCGGAAUCUCAAACGUGUUCGGCAUGGCGGGACUUUAUGUGCCAUUUGUGUAUCUCGUGGACGCUGCUGUUCUCUCGGGCAUCAACCAGAGCUCCGCCUCCUUCCUCCUGUCCAUCAUCGGCAUUACCAACACGUUCGGUCGUGUGAUUUGCGGCUACGUUGCUGACUUCCCCAGAGUUGACUCUCUUCUGCUGAACAACAUGUGUCUCGUUGUCUCCACCAUUUCUGUCGCCUUGACGCCCUUCUGCAAAUCAUACGAAGCUUACGUGGCCAUGGCGAUCUUCUUCGGCAUUGCUGUGUCUGGUUACAUUUCCCUCACUUCCAUCCUUCUUGUCGAUCUGCUGGGCCUGGACAAGUUGACCAACGCCUUUGGCUUGCUGAUCCUCUUCAGAGGCGCUGCCGCUAUCAUUGGAUCUCCUUUGGCUGGCGCUGUCUAUGACGCCACUCAAACCUACGAUAUUCCCUUCUACAUAGCCGGAUUCUUCUUCCUCAUUUCCACCAUCACCAGCUUUAUGGCGCCGCUGAUGAAAAGAUGCGUCAAAUCCACCGAAAUUCCCGCUUAUCCCGAGGAAGCACUCACGCCAAUUGACGAAGAACCCGCUGAAGAUCUGGCCGAUGACGAUCAGCCCAUCACGAUGGUGCCCAAGAUUGUGCACACGGCUCCGUCUCCAUCCACCGAGCAGCCACAGAGCGUCGCCACGAAGCCCCCGCAGAAUGUGGACAAGGAGGUGAAUCAGCGCGAGUCAGUUCUCUGAAGACCAUUCAGCUACUCGCACUACAGACGCUUCCUGCGUCAGCAGAAAAAGUUCUUUUAGGCACAUUGACAUAUUGUAGGCUGAAUGAUUUUUAUUCUUCUCUAUUGGAAACCUUCUAAUAAUGAUUUUUCUCCGAUGUAAAUACUAUUGCUAAUCCCACGAGAAAGAGAGAGAGAGAGAGAUUGUGUGUAGAAGGUGACAGAGAGAUUUUAUUAGGAUGUAUUUGUCAUAGGGAAACGAAAGGACGCGAAGGAGUGCAUGUUUUAGGGAAGACGAGAAGAGACGAUUCACAGUGGUGAAUGAAUAAUAUAGGAGAAUUUAGGCAUGCGAUCAUAUUACUUGAUACUUUAUCUAAUGAGAGAAAAGAAAAUUGUGUGAAAAUCACACAGAAAUUCGUUCAAAUUACUUUCUAGUUAGAUUGAUGAGAGUGUUUAUAUAUUUAAAUUUAAUUAUUUCCUUGUAUAUCAUAUCAUUUUAAGACGAGAAACAGUGUUAAUUUGUACAGUUGGAGAUAAAUCAAAUGCGACAAAUGUGGACGAUCAAGUUGUAUUGAAUUGUAUUGUAUAGCAUUGUUAGGCGAGAGCGCGCUCAGAUGUGGCGAGAGAAUUAUUGUGAGAAUGAGAGAAAAUUUAUUAACUUUUAAUUGCAAACACUGUGAUAUAACUCAGUGAGUUAGAAAUGAUGCAACAUUUUAGCUUGUGCUCAACAUCAAUGCAGAGAGUGACACUCGUUCACAAAUUUUUGAAUAAUUCGAGAGAGCAAAUUACUAUCUUGGCUCUCGAAAUUUUCUUUGAAAUAACAACAACAACAAAAAAGGUGAGAAAGAAGAGAUUUUAGAUAAUAAAACACCAUAAGCAAGAGAGAUUUGUAAAAAUAACAAAUAAAUCAAUUGAAAAAUAUAACAUAAUAAUAAUAAUCAACUAUUUAGAGAGGAAGAGAAGAAGAGAUACGAUUUUUUUCUUUCUUGUACAGAAACAACAAAAGCACACUCUAUCAAGUGAUUUUCCAACGGAUUGAGCUGGAAAAUCAACUCAUCAUUCCAUAGAUAGAUGGGUAAAAUAAUAAAAUAAAUGUAUCGACGUUGAGAGAAAUGGUUUAAGAAAGAUGAAAGAAUAUUUUGAGUGAAGAAACAUUUAUUUUUCUACAAUAUAAUGUGGUGAAAAUAAGUUUAAAAGCUGAGCUUUUUUGGAAUCUUCUGAUGAAAGAUUAUUGCAAAUUGUAACAUUUUCCGAUGAGAGAGAGAAGGCUUAUAAAAAUUCAAAAUUCACACCAUAAGGCAAAAAAAAAGAAAAUACUUAUGAAGUGCUUAAGAUUACCUCUAACACUGAUUCAAUGUACUUUUUCCUUGCCAUCCACUGUGGUGAGCGAACUGUCUCACUUUUGCUAUCAACAAACAAAACCUUAACAAACAUUAUAUAGUGAAAAAAAACAUAGAGAAAACACAUAGCUAACUAUAAAAUAUAUAAAUGGCAAAAAGAAUAUAUAGAUGGAAAAAAUAACUUUAAAAAAAACUAUCAAGCAUAAAAAAUAGCCAUAUUAUCGAUGUGUAAAUGUUGACAAUGGAGAGAAGAUGAAAGCAUUGCUGAGAAGAGAGUGUUUGAGCAUUGAAAUGCCUCAAUGAUUGCUGAGUAGAUGCAAGAAAGCUGUCGUAAAAAAAAUCAGUGUAAUAAUUGUAAUUUAUUCCAUCGCACGACUGACGAUGAAUGCAAUGAGAGCGACGCUGUCUUAAGUGCUUUUUCUCUCUGAGGCAAUUGAGCCCAAAUAGAACUAAGAAAAGAAAACUACCCUCAACUCUCAAGAGCUUAAGAACCACCCCUUUUUCCUCAAUGUUUGCAAUAGAUAUUAAGUGGAUAAAUUGUCAAAUGGCAAAUGUUUUAGAUGCUUGUGAAAGAGAUUAGCUCACCUCUGGAAUUAAAUGUACUUUCGGGCGCCUCAUUGACUCAAUAUUCAUCGUUAAACACCUGUCAUGAAGCGAUAGAAGCGGUAAAAGGAUUUCCCAAGGGAUUUCCCUAUAUUUAUUUCUUUCUGUUGUUGCAUGACAGAUGCUGAAGUGCGAUGUUGAAGAAGAAAAAAAAAUAAACAUUUGGUGUCAAUUAAACA